AUGAUUCAUAUUUUAAAUUGGUUGAAACCACGUUGGCGUUUUUUAAUUGUUCUAUUAACACCGUUAGUCUUUCUGCCGAUACCACUUAUUGGCAAAUCUUCUCAAGCGAGAUGUGGCUAUAUUGUAAUUAUUUUAACUAUCUAUUGGGUUUUUGAAGCAAUACCUUUGCCAGUAACGUCACUAUUACCUUUGGCGCUUUUUCCAAUGGCUGGUAUUUUAACUGCUGAACGUGUAGCGCCGCAUUAUUUCAAAGAUAUAAUUACAUUAUUUUUCGGGAGUAUGGCACUUGCUUAUGCCGUUGAAUCUGUUAAUCUUCAUCGAAGAAUUGCAUUAUUGGUAUUAAGUUUCGUUGGGACAUCAUCGAAAUGGUCUAUGGCUGGUUUAAUGGGCGUUACUGGUUUUCUUUCCAUGUGGAUUAAUAAUUCAGCGGCCGCAUCAAUUAUGUUGCCUGUUGCAUUAGCAAUUGCAGAUGAACUUGAAAAACAUAGUAAAGGCUGCCAAGAGAAGAAAAAUCGUGCCAAAGAAGCUGCAGCUGCUGCGAAUGAAGUUAUCGAUUUAAAUCAUAAAGACUUUGUUAAUGAACGUCCCAUCGAAGCACCUCCGUUGGAUCAAUUACAUAUUGACGAAACAAAACUGCCAGUUUCUGCUGCAACAAAAAAGCGUUUCCGAUUACCAUGGAAAAAUGGAAAUUUACAUAAACCUACAGAAUCAACAGAACAACAAUAUGAACAAAUAAGAAAAGGCUUUCUUCUUGCUGUUGCCUAUUCAGCAACUAUAGGCGGUUUAUCUAGUUUAGUUGGAACAGCACCAAAUAUUUUUGUUAAAGGUUUCGCUGAUAGCCAAUACAAGAAUACUGCUUUUCGUAUAAACUUUCUUAAUUUUCUUCUCUUCGCAUUGCCAGUCGCUUUAUUAAUGCUUGUCUUAUGUUGGUUAUGGCUGCAAAUUUUUUACAAUUUCAAAGAAUUGUUUCAAUUCCGCAUAGAUCCAGAAACCCGAGCUGCACAGGCUGAUUUAAAAGCCAUGUUAAUUAAGCAAUACAAUGAUCUUGGAAAACCGAAUUGGAGUGAACUUUCUGUUGCUAUUGUGUUUGUUUGUAUGAUUAUUCUAUGGGUCACAAAAGACUUUUCAGGUACACCAGGAUGGGAGAUUAUAUUCGAAGAGAAUUAUAUAAGUGAUGGAACUGUAGCAAUACUGUGUGGAGUUCUUCCAUUAAUAUUACCGAAUGCAAAUCCAUUGAAGAAGGAUUGGAAAUAUGAGCCAAUAAUCGGAUGGAAUGGUUUAGCAAAACAUAUGCCUUGGGGCGCAUUAAUUUUACUCGGAGCAGGUCUAACUGUUGCAUCUGCUUUUCAAGCUUCAAAACUAUCGGACAGUGUUGCGCAUGCACUUCGAUUUCUAGCGGGUAUACCACGCGCAGCUGUUAUUCUAUUGAUUAUUAUUAUUAGUGGUCUUUUUACGGAAGUAACAUCGAAUUUAAGUACAGCCAGUAUCUUUUUUCCAGUUCUUGAUUCAGUUGCACGUUCUUCUGGUAUGCAUCCAGCGCUUCUCAUUCUUCCAUGUACAUUAGCAGUUUCAUUGGCCUUUAUGUUACCUAUUGCGACACCACCGAAUGCAAUUGUUUUUGCUAGUGGCUCUAUUCGUGUGGUUGACAUGGUAAAAACUGGUAUUGUUAUGAAUAUUAUUGGAUUUCUUGUCAUCUUCUUUGCCGCAACGACUUGGAUGCCGAAAAUUUACGGAUUGAAUGAUCGCGCAACGGAACUAUUUUUUAGUGUCAAUACGACAUUAAGCGUUUCAGGAUCAUACAAUGGAACCGAUUGA